CCCAGGAGGAGGGCCGGCCUUGCCUGGGGGGCGUCCCUGAAGCCACGGUGCACAUGGACCCGUCCUCCAGGACGACCCUUGGGAUGAGUUGGGGGGGAAGCUUCGGGGGCCGCUAGAGGGGGGCCGCCCCCCCCUUGCGGAAGGAAUGAGUAUAGACGACUUGCAGGUCCUAGGCCAGGGAAGAGUCUGUCCGCAGGGCCCAGGAACCCACCCCCGCGCCCAGCUUGGCAAAGGGCUUGAGCCCCCCGGCCAGGAUCCGGGCCUCUUGGCGCCUGCCGGCCCCUCCCUGCCAGAUGCCGCGCUGCGUCCAGUGCCUCGUGCCCCCGCCCGGCCGGGGAGCACCAGGAGAGCAGGGCCCCCCUCGCGCUCCCUGCAGGCCCGAGGCCCCCCGGCCUCCGCGGAUCCCGGCCCCGCUGGCCGGAAAAAGCUUCCUCCUGGCUUCCCACUUCCAGGUGGGCUUCGAGCGCCGGCCCCAGGGCAGCACGGUGGUCUCCCCCUACCGCACCGACUACCCUCCGCGCUGGGGCAGCUACCGGCGGGAGUCCAUCUUGCCCCCCAGGUGCGCUGGCGUCUUGAACCAAGACCUGGACGGCUCCUGGGAGCCCCGCUCGGAGAUGUGCCGCGCCUACCCAGCCUGGCCGCUGGGGCCGCGCCCCGGGGUCUGCGGGCCCUCCUCCCGUCUCCGCAUGCACACCGACCCCCGCCAGCGCACUGCCCACUCUGUCACCCGCGACAGCUACCCUUGCCCUGCCGGCACCCCGCGGGGGCGGCCCUGCCGGGUGGACAAGUGGGACGACAGCUUCCCCAGCGGCGACCAGGAGAAGAUCCCCUUGCCAGAGUCGCUCUACCAGCAAUCGUACCCGGCCCACCAGGACGUGCCGCCCGUGACCAGGGCCCCCAGUCAGCAUCUGGGAGGCGACUCCGUCCUGAAAGGUGAUGGCUGCAGCCGCCAUGACACCUUGUACCAGUCCCAGUACAGGGCCGAAGGGGGGCCCCCGGCCCAGGGCUGCGAGAAGGACGCCGUGUCUGUGGUGUUGGGUGAUCCCCGGUACCAUGAGACUGUGAGCGAGCAGAAGCGGGCCUAUACUGUCCAGCGCCUUGAUGGCUGCCGCUAUGACCCCGAGAGAGCCGCUGCUCAGGUCUUCCAGACGAACAUCCGGCCUGGGGACGGAUGCCGACGUUUCUCCACCAUCAUGUCCGAAUCGUUCCGAUGGAAAGAGCCUGGGCCGGGGUUUGCUUCGCCCGCCGACAAGAAUGCUUCCUCCAUUCUCCGAGGGGACUCCAAGAAUGAGAACAUCGGCAUGACCACCCACCAGUUUUACUACGGAGAGCCCAAAGCCGAAGACCAGCCAGCACGCGGCCCAGUCAAAGGCCGGGCCAAGCUGUGCCUGGGGGACCAGCGCCUUGCGUCCUUCAGCACCACCCAGCACUCCGACUACCUGCCGCUCCCAGAGGUCCGCACGGCCAAGGCCCCGAACCGGAAUCUCCAGAGCAGCAUUCGCUUCGACUGUCCUGCUUCGGGGCCGUCCACCACCUCCACCCAAGACAUGCUCGUUCCUCACCGGCAACCAAAGCACCAGCUCACGGAGGAGGAUCUGGAGACGAUUAAAUAUUCCCACUUGGUCCACCCAUGGAGGGAGCUGCGCUGGUUCAGCACGGAGCAAAAGGAUGCCUACACAGACAAAUACGCAGGGCCGAUCACCCUCGCGAUGGGAGACUUCCAGUGCAGCAGCCUCCCGCUCGGCACCAUGAAGAAGUACCAGCACCGGCUGAAAACGGGCCCCUGAACCAGAACUCCGCGAUUCUUUACAUAUCUGGAUGAAUAAACCAUAUCUC